CUUGAGUGGUUGGCUCAGUUCAGUACGGGACCUCUCCUCGCUCCAGAGCAGUAGACAGCGGCUGUUGCUUCCCACAAGGAGGUACUCUCUCUCUGGGUGGGGCAAGGGCAGGUGCGUACCGACUCUCUGCUUGUACUGACAGAUACGAUUGUCCUCUCUACUUGCAACGUGUUUACUGAGCGAAGGACGAUUGGAACUACCUGUUUUUUCCGUGCGUAAAAGUCGACCGUACGCCCGCUCCGCUGAUCCCCAAAGCGAGCCACAGCAAAGAGACGAAGGGUGCUCUUUGUAUCCGGAACAAACUCCACCAAGUUAGCUUUUAAAAUGGCGAAGGGAGUAUUCUUACACAUCUGCCUGUUUGUGGUCUUAUCAUGUGUUCAAGCAUGUUAUAUCCCCCCAACGCUGCAUUUAAACGUUCCAUAUAAAUUACCUAAAGGAACAAAGGUAACAACAGUUGAAGUUGUAGACUGCGACAUCAACUCUCUCCAGCUCAGUUGCAGUGAUCCAGAUUUCAUAAUUGAAAAUAAUGAAGUAGUGACUGUUACGACUGUAUACGUGAGACCCGGCGCGAGGAAAUUUUCUGUGGUGGCUCAGGACGACGCUGGAGUCGAAAUCGAGAUGAAAGUUUUCUUACACCAGAAACCAGAACGCGAUGAAAAUCUCCUGAGACGGUCCAAAAGGCGCUGGAGCCCUCCUCCUUUCAACAUAAUUGAGAAUGAUAAUGGACACUUCCCAAAAGAAAUCGAAAGGAUUGUGUCCGAUUCAGAAGCGAAGUAUUCCGUGUACUAUACCCUAUCCGGCCCUGGGUACAAUGAGCAUCCCGUGGGAGUCUUCAGUUUUAAAGAAAAUGGAAUGCUGUCUGUCACUAAGCCGGUGGACCGCGAGGAGUUCCCAUCAUUUCACAUGAUAGUCAAUGUAUACAACAAACUCACCCAAGUCGCAACAGAUGAUCCGUUGGACAUCUACGUCUUCGUGGACGACGUGAAUGACAAUGCCCCGCAGUUUUCUGGAUCUAUGGGUUUCUCUGUCCCUGAACUGUGCAGCAGAGGCACUGUGGUUGGUAAAGUCAAUGCCACAGACAGAGAUCUGGCAGGAUCGGACCAUGUAGCCAUCCGGUACAGUCUGCUGUCCAGCACUGACCUGUUCACCAUUGACCCUCUCACUGGGGUCAUCUCCACUGUGUCCACUGCACUGGACAGGGAGACUAAAGACAAGCACUUGGUGACAAUUCAAAUCAAAGACAUGAAAGGAGCCGCCAACGGUCUGGCCACGACUGGUACUGCAACCAUCAUGUUAUCCGACAUCAAUGACAACCCUCCAACCUUCAAACAACCAUCUUUUACAGCAACAAUUCAGGAAAAUGAAGCGGAAAAACUCAUUCUCCGCAUUCCAGUCGAUGACAAAGAUUUGAUCAACACUGAUAACUGGUUUUCUAAAUUUAUCAUCACUAAAGGAAAUGAAAAUGGAAAUUUCAGAAUUGACGCUGACCCUAAAACGAAUGAGGGACUCCUGUAUGUCAUUAAGCCAUUGGAUUUUGAGAAAACUCCAACAGUGACGAUUGAAGUCAUGGCUCAGAACAAGGCUAACCUGAAGGGAACUACUGCCCAGUGGCAGACCGCAGCAGUGAACAUCGCAGUUACUGAUGUGGACGAGGGCCCCGAGUUCAUCCCUCCCAUCAAAUACCUGACAGUCAAAGAAAACACCCCCAACGGCACUGUCAUAGGAACCUACACCGCCCUGGACCCCGAGACCAAAAGCAGCGCUGGCAUCUUGUAUUACAAAGUUACAGACCCAGCUUCGUGGAUAAAUAUGGAUCGGGUCACGGGGGAGCUGAAGGUGGCCAACACGAUCGACAGAGAGUCCAGUUUUGUGCAAAAUGGUCUCUACAACAUCAGCGUGAGGGCUGUGGAUGGUUCUUCCAAGUCGGGCAUGGGCACAGUGGUUAUCAUGGUGGAGGAUGAGAAUGACAACAUCCCAAAGCUUCCCACAGGAGAGCUGGUGCUGUGUGAGAAGGACGGGGAGCUGGGCUCUGUGAUGCUGGUGGCAGAGGACGGGGAUAAGGCCCCAUUCGCAGAGCCGUUUGUGUUCUCUCUGCCCGAGGACGAUGGCAAGUGGACCGUGAACAAACUCAAUGACACUGCAGCCAUACUCCAGCAGGUGAAGGAGCUCCACACAGGGCUCCAUGAGGUGGAUGUUCUGGUGACUGACUUACAAGGCUCGGGUAAAGUCCAGACGGUGAAGGUGAGGAUCUGCAGGUGUGUGAAUGGAGUAUGCCCGGCCACCAAGUCCUCCAUCGUCAUGGGGCCCAUGGGCUGGCUGGCCCUGCUGCUGCCUCUGCUCCUGCUCCUCCUGCUCCUCUUGCUCUUGAUCUUCCUGUGUGUGACCUCACAUCAGAAGUUGCCGAUGGACGACAUGACGGACACUGGCGGAGUUCUGCUCAAAUCCAACACUGAAGCUCCCGGAGAAGAAGUGGACUCCAGCCUCCUCACUGGUCCCACAAUCAUAGUCGACCCAGCAACCAAAGGCUCGGUCAAAGACUUAAACACCGGCUGGAUCGGCAACAAGAGCACCAGUUCCAUGCAGGAGAACGGCAUAUACAAGGGCAACGGGGUCACCACAGAUACGCAGUACUUCACUAACUACGACGAGCAGUAUGGCAUGCAGUACGGGGACGGGCAUCUCCUAACCAGCGGCUUUGACAGGCUUGACAACAGGUUUACCCAGGACGCAUCCCUGCUCCACACCUGGCAGACUAACGGACGCUACUUAGACCAGAAGUUGUACUACAUGGGAGCUGAGGACGAGGGUCGCUAUGCCGACGAUAUCGUCCAUGCGUACGGUUUCGAGGGGGUGGGCUCAGCAGCUGGCUCGGUGGGUUGCUGUAGCAACUUUGACGAGGAGACCCUGGAAUUCUUGGACACGCUCGGGCCAAAGUUCAGAAGACUGGCAGAUGUGUGCUCCAAGAGAUGAAGACGCCAAGAUGCUGGGGACAAUCUGAAUGUUUUGUAAUGUAGAACACGAGAGGAGAAAUUAACUUUGAGAAAAAAUGCAAGAGGAGUUUUUUUUUUCUUCAAGUUUGUCCGAUGGAUGCUCUUAAAGAAUGGAUUUUCUACUGAUAACAGCUGCGGUAAUCUAUGUGUGUGUGUGUGUGUAUGUGUAUGGAUUUGGGCUGUUUAACAUUGAAAUCAUUUUAACAAUUGCAAAAAUACUCAAUUUUAAGAUUUUGGGUUCUUAAAGGCAGGUUGUAGAUUAUAUGUUUAUUUUUUUUAAGGACAUUUGUUUUGGUUGCUUUCAUAAUUUGAUAAAAUUUAUAAGAGUUGAAAGAGAAACUGACAAUUCUAAACUAUGGAUGAGGGACAUUUGAAAAAAACAAAAUCUCAAAAAGUCAGUUAAAACAUAUUGAAUAAUUAUGUUGUUGAGUCUACUAGUGGUGCUUUGCUUUACUUUUUCAGCCGCUUUUUUAUCACUACAAAAGGAGAAUGUAUGAAGUGCGUUUUGGGAAUGAAUGGACAAUUUUCACUUUUCACUUAUAAAGCUGUGGUUUACUCGUAGUUAUCUGUAUAUAUGGUGUAUAUGUAGUUUUUGGCGUGAUAGCCUAAUAAUUUGGAAAGCUUUUGUCAUUGUCACACACUCUUUUAAUUAGUUAGUUGUUGCACUGGGCAUUUCUUUAGUUGACCAAGACUUUCAAAUCCACAAACUAUCUGUGAAAUUCAAAAUAUUAUGCCUUCUGUCUACAAUCGUGCCCCAACAAUACUUUUUGAUGCUCUAGUGAAUCCAAAUUAUUUAACCAUAGUUAUUUAUGCCAGCUGCUGAGACAACAAUCUGUGUGCCAAUUUUCAUGUGGAUAGGCUCCAUAAAAAUCAAGAUUUUCCAUAAAACGGGUCAAAACACAAGCAGACAAUUCAACUGCACCGUUUAAACAGUGCUUUCCCUCCAUUUUAAAGGUGCACUGUGUAACAUUUCUAGUGGAGGGUUCACUACCUGAUGUCUCCAUGGAAAUGUUAUUGCUUUGUCUAGAAUGUUCCACAGGAUAGAUUAAAGAGAAACCGAGACACAAGCAGGUAACAGCACUAAGCUACAUUACAAUUCAGAUCUGUGGAGAGUCGCAUCUAUUCACAGAAGGAAUUACUGUAUUUUUGAGCAACAGAAACACCUGUAAUGAAUAAAUUUAUGUGUAAUGUUAUACCAUGGAACAUCCCAGGCCAAGCAAUAAUGUCUCCAUGGAGGCAAACAGGCAGCGGAGCACCCACCAGAAAAGAUGCGCAGUUUGAACUACUACUUUUUACUUUUAUAUGUGCUUAGAAAUGGUCAGAUCACUUGAAAAGCUACAAGACUGCUUAUUGUGCAGGCCUAUCAGAAUGUAUUUUGUAUAGUUGGGUUUAAUACGCUGGGAAUAAGAUUAACACCACCAUGAUGUUGUUUGUACCAUAAUAUGUUAUUUCAUCCACAUUUCUUUGUUGUAGUAUUGUUGAAACUUGCAGCGCUGGGAUCUAGCCUUGUUUAUCUGUACACACAUUCUUCACAGGGCGUAGUCGCGGCCUUGUCACCCAACAGCGUUGCAACAUUCCUGCAGUAGCAAUGUUAAAGUCAGCACAAGGACGUGAACAGAGGAGGGAGGGGGUGUUAACCACUCUGCCGCUGCCCAGUUUUAGAUUGAUACUUUGCAGCUGAUGUCAUUAAUAGGGAAUACUGAAGGGGUGUGAAGUUUACUGAAAGCACUGCUGUCAUUAGUUAGUCAGCAGUAGCCAACAGUGUCAUGUUCACCUUUUGUGUUUUGUUUUUUUGUUCUCGUAAUGAUCACAGUCUCCUGAAACUGCUUCCAAUCCAUUUUGCGUUUCUUCUUGAGUUUUCAGCCAAUCUUAAAACUUUUUUGUCUGUGUUUGCAAAUGUGCUGUCAUGGAAACUGCUGAACUUUUUGGCAAUAGAAACGCACGUUGAACACCCCAGCGUGAUGUCACUGCAAAGCAUCAAUAGGCUGCAUUCACGUUGUAGAAUUUGAUGUCAUAAUUUCAGAUAAUGGGUCAGGGUCUGUGUAAUUCUAUGGGAGAUUUGCUGUUUUUGAAAGAAAUCGGACAAUAUCCAAGUUGAACCAUCUCAUUAUUUUUAGCUCCACAAACCUGCAAUAUUAAUCUCAUGGCUUAAAGUCCUUUCAACCAGCAACAAUAAUGGAUUUGAGGGUGAAAAAUGGCACCUUUUUCCGAGGCCGUUGUGAAAAAUGACUUAACUUUUGUUUAUUUUUACUCACAGGGGUCUUGCCAGUUUUUGGUUCUAACAGAUUUUCACCGUAAACCAAUCAACAAAUCUGCAAUCUGAAACAGUAAAUUCUUCGAUAGAAUUCUGACCUGUCCUCUGUGAUUUCACGUGAACGCAGCCUGUUCAAAUCAAACUACAUUAUGAGUGCUAUUUUAUGCGUUUACACAAAUGACUAAUGAGAGAAGUUUUUUUUUUUUUGCAAAUAAAUUAAUAUAGAAUGUUGUUGGAUUUUUUUGUAUAUGAGCUGUAACUUGAUGUACUAGAGAUUAUGUCUUGGAUUCAGUGUUACAGAAUUGCUUUUAUAAAUAUUUGGCUUGUAAGCGUAA